CCUUACUAGACGAACCGCGCCCGUCCUGGGAACUUUACUUUCCCCUGCUUUUCUCUCCUAACCUGGGUUAGUUUGAUAAUUUCCCACGGCAGAUAUGAGUUCAGCCGUGUCAGAGGGAUGUUUUCUGUCCGCUUUGCAGCCCAACUCUUCCUGGACCGCUUAUGUUGUUCCUUCGGACGGCCCGUCUCCAGACCCGGUGGCUAAAGCCAGGAGGGUCCGGGAGCAGGUCCGUAUGCGGCUGGCUGAAAAAAGGUCCUCCUCCCUGCCUAGACUGAACGACUCUUUCAGAUCAACAGACUACUGCAGUCCUGAUGUAAGGAGUUUGAACCAUACCCACGGUUUCAGUUCCAGAUCCAUGAUACACACACCCAGCAAAGUCAUGGCUGUUCCCACAGUAAGCCUGUGCACUUCAGCUUCUUCUUGCUCUGCUGUGGAAAUGAGUUCUAAUGAAAGAAAAAAAGAUUCCAGUGCAAUCCAAUGCAGCAUCCAGAAUUACCAGUCACACAGCCGGAACAGACGCUCUAAAUCGCUGUGUCAGACAGAUCAGAGGGCACUUCCUCUUACUUUGUUGGUUCCUCCAGAGAAAGUCUACUUCCCGAUCACUGCAAAUUCUCCUGGCACCCUUCGGCGUUGCCUCAGUGGGACACUAAGCAAAGAAGAGCCUCCAAGUCAGUACAUCUACAAAGGCCCUUCACAUCGUACCAUCAGCCGUAUUACCAACCGACAGCAGCACUACCAUCAGCAAAGCUCUGCCACUGGCCAUGAGGGCUGGGUUGGGUCUGGCCGGGGGGUCACCAUGGCUGGUGAAGGCUGGGGGACACAGGGGCAGCAGGAUGUGUACAGGGACAACCAUGUCAUUGGAACAGGGCAGUACCAAGCCAACCUGAACCUACACAGGGCUGCUUCACUCCACAGUCUAAAGAGUGCUGGGAAAGUAUUGGAUAUUUCGGAUGGGGCAUCGGUUCACAGCAACGAUGCACUUGAAGAAAUGCAGGUUCUGGACAUGGCUACAGCUGUCAGAUAUCUCUCUGAGGAAGAUGCUGCUUUGCAAGUUCUUGGAGCUGCAUACAUACAACACCAAUGUUACCAUAGCAACAUUGCCAAAAACCAGGUCCAUGCUCUUCAUGGUGUUCCAGCUCUUGUUCAGCUAUUCUCUAGUGACAACCAAGAAGUGCAGCGUUUUGCCACUGGUGCCAUGCGAAACCUAAUCUUCGAGAACACUGACAACAAGUCAGCACUUGUCAAUGCAGGUGGCGUGAUGCGUCUUGUAAGCAUCCUGAAUAAACCUGAUGAGGAAUUACGAAAGACCAUUACAGGUGUACUGUGGAAUCUGUCCUCAAGAGAUAAUCUGAAGGAGAAGCUGUCCAAUGAGGCUUUAACAGAGCUUACAGAAAAAGUACUGAUUCCUUUGUGCAGCAGCAUGCCGUUAAGCACAUCUGAGAGAGAGAUAUUCAACAACACAACAGGCUGCCUCAGGAACUUAAGCUCUGUGAGUGAAAGAACAAGACGGACGAUGAGGGAUAUGCCAGGCCUGGUGGACUCGUUGGUGUCCUACAUCAAACAAGAGGAGACAGUCGAUGACAAGGGUUUGGAGAAUUCAUUAUGUGUGAUGAGGAAUCUGUCCUACCAGUUGUACAUGGAACUUCCCUCGUCUGUCCGAUUCCGCCUUGAAGGUCGCGAGGCGGCCUCCAGGGACAAUGAGGCCAUAGGCUGCUUUACUGUGUAUAGCAAAAAAAACACAAAGCUUAAUCAGAGUCCCUUCAUCAUGUCUGAAGUGUCUCAACAGCCUAAGGGGUCUGAGUGGCUGUGGCAUCCUAAGGUAGUGGUUCUUUACAAGUUUAUCCUGCUAAACAGCAACAGUAAUUCAGCCAUCCGUGAGGCUGCCAUAGGAGCCCUGCAAAAUGUCACUGCAGGAGAGACCCGGUGGUCAUCAGUGCUGAGCUGUGUGAUAAUGGACCAGGAGAGGAUGCUGCCCCUCCUGCUAGAUCUGUUGGACACCCACAGUGAAACUGAACUGAGGUCUCUGACUGGCCUGCUAAGAAAUCUGGCCAAACACUACUCUGACAAAGACAUAGCUAAGAACAUGGUCAACAUGCUUGUUUCCAAGCUGCCCAGUGAUGGAUUUCAAAAAGAGCCAUCCAGUGAGGUGGUGAUCAACAUCUGUGGAGCCCUCAAUCACCUCGUCACCUGCAGUUCAUUGGCAGCCCAUGAAAUCUCGUACUUCAAUGGCCUGCCAAAACUGGUGGGCAUCAAGACAUCACAUGAUACCAGCUAUGGGAGUCUAAAUGCUGCCAGGGCAGCCUCAACUGUCCUCUGCAACAUGUUCCAGUAUAACAAACUGCACAAAAACUACAAACUGAAAGGAUUUGGCAGACAAGACUUCAUAGAUGGAACAAUCUAAGAAAAAGAAUGUGACAUGAUCUGUACUUUUGACCUUUGGAUUAUGGUUAUUGGGAGAGUAAGGAUUUACAAAGGACUUAAUGAGCAGAUGAUGUACUUUCAGAAGGGGGGGGGCGGCGUUUAUGCUUUUUUAAAGAGACAGGGCAGUGGAUAGAGAGAGUGGGGAAUGACAUACGUUAAAACGGCCACAGGUUGGAUAUGAACUCCCUUCUUUCCACACUUAGUACAUGGGGCGUGCAAACUAAGGCCACUGGGGCCCCCUUAUCAUGUAUAACCUUGAUUAACAUUAAGGGAAGGGGAAUCGGUGAAACCAACAAAUUAUAGAUUUAAAACUUGUCCUCUGUUCCUAAUAUGUGGAUCUGUGCUUAAAGGAAGAAUGUGCAACAUUUUUUACACCUAAACAUCAAUUUAUGUGCGAGCUAUCUAAAGUGUGCUACCAUUAGCCUGCUAACACAACAAGCAGGCCACAGGCAAUUGCAGCUAAAGCCGAGGUCAACUUUGUACACAGCAAAAUCAGCAUACUUAAAUUAACACUAUCAGAGUUAAAGAUAAAGAUAACUUUUAUUGAUCCCCCAUGGGGGACAUUUUUUGUCACAACAGCUCAAGAAACAGGAAUAUAAUUUAACAAAAAUAACAAGAAGUUAAAAAUCAAACAUAUGUACAUCAGUUAAAUAAAGGGAGAAAAAAUACAAUAAUAGAAUAAUACAAGAAUUAAGGAAUUAAUAUUAACACUUUAAAGUGUCUAUAUGGGUCCACACCACAAAGUGUUAAUUUAACUCUUUUUGGAGAGUUUGUACCUUAACACUAACUAAGUGUUACUAUUGACUCUUUUUGGAGUUAAAAUUUAACACCAGGUAACACUAACCAGUGUCACUUUUGCUCAACACUGCAAUGUAGUGUUAGAAAUUCACUCUUUCAGAGUAUCUUUUUUAACUAUUAAAAGUGUUACCCCCAUAUUAACACUGUGAGGUGUAAACAUUGCUUUAAUGAAUUACUUAAAAAUACACUCACAAAAAGAUCAUGUUUGAUUAAAAAACAUUUAUUUUAAAACAUGUGCACCAAAUAAACCUUUAAAACACUUUAUAAAACAUACAGCAAUAUGAAACAAUGUAUGCUCUCUCAUUUUUAUUACAAUAUUACUUCUCAGUCUGGAAAUGAGGCCUGGAAGCUCAUGUGAGCCAUCAUAGGUGUUGAGUUGGACUGUCUUCAGUCUCCAUGCAAGACAACCUGUAUUGCACGAUCUCUUCCUGCUCAUGCAUGCACACACAUACACACACACAAAGACACAGUAAAAAACAUUUAGUUAAUAAUCUUAUAGCACAACUGCAUAAAGAUAGCGUAGCAACAUGCUGUCGGACAAGUCUUGAACGAUCCAGGCAGCGUAUAAACCGUUCACUUACAUCUUUCUGCUGUUUAAAAAAAAUAAUGCUAGUUUACUAACAGGAGAUAUCAUACCAACACUCACACAGCAAAUUUAGCAUACUUAGCUUAAUAAACAGUUCAUUGGGACACCAUCUCUGAAACAUUUAUCAUAGCUAUGGUCCUUGCCAUCAAAUUUAAGAUGAAGCAAGAUGAAAUCAUUGAGUAAGUAAGCUACUUAGGAGGAGAAUAAGAUGGCUAGUUAGAUAUUGCAGCAUAAAAUAAGCUAACAGAGUUACAGUGGCUAAUAUUUCAAAAAGACCAUACACAAGAAGAGUAGUAUCAAUAUCUAUAUGAAAACAUGACGUUUACUGAGAAUACUUUAUUUUCUUACCGGCCAACGUCAGGCUAAAUCCACAAGUCAACACAGUCUGCAGUCUUCAUGACUUCUGUCGGUGUGUGUUCCAUUAAGGGGGUGGGGAGGGAUAAAUAACACUUGAAGAGUCACAUCCAGGUUCAGAGUUCAGACUGAAAAGUAAAAGGGUUAAAGAUGUUGCAGUGACACUUACAGAUUUGAUGACUUGACACUUCGUUUUUACACUCGAUUUUUACUCUAACAGGGAUUUGACUGCAUCCAGAGUAGAAUUAACUCUGCACUUGCUGAAAUUUCACCAACACCAAAAAUUUAACUCUUUUCGUUUUGCUGUGUAUGCUGCUUGCGCAUAAUGGUGCUUAAUUAUUGUUCGUUCCAAUUGAUAACUCCUUCAUGCGAAUAAGCAGCAGUUUGUUUUGGUUUCAUGCUGGUGCUCAAGGGCGACAUCUACUGGAUCAAAAAUCGCAGAUUCUUCCUUUUACAUUACUUAGAUUUGGUAGAGAGGCACUGGUAACAUAACCCUUGCAUAUUAGGAAUUUACUAUAGAAGAUGUACUUAAUGGAAGAAUAUGUGAUUUUUCACACUUAAAUAUAAUAUAAAUCAAGUAUCUCCUCUGAAAAUAACUCUGUGAGUCAUGACUGUCUACAAUGGGUGUAACACCCGAGUCCCACUGUCUGUGAUGUUUUCAGAGUUUUCAGAGUUCUAUCUUCACUUUGUUUACAUCGCCAGGACGGCCGGCUGACUCCUCCCCUCACGUAUAAAAGUUGUUUAAUUGAGGGACUAGAGAAAAGAAGAAUAACAUACUGUACUCACUGAUUAACUGUGUUUCUAGAUCACGCUCAUUUCAGGUAAAUUUACAUGCAGUGUGAAGAUACGAGCAUAAUAAAGAUCGCUAGCAUUAGCAUGCUAACACAACAAUGCAGCGCAGGUUGUUUUGGUUUCAUGCUGGUGCUCAGGGGCUCAAAAAAUCACAUAUUCUUCCUUUAAUUUCACAUCUAUCUUUCCUGAGUUGAUUAUAUGUUUCAAGACAAAUACUAAAUACAAUAAAUAUUAAAUCCUGCAAUGUUUGAAGCAAGAGACAUGUGAGCAUGGAAAUAUCUAGGAUUUAGACCUGCAUACUCGUUAUCAGUCAGGUUGAUGUACUCAAAGCUAUUAUAGCUCUAACAAAAGGCCAACAGUAUUAUGAAGUCUUCUGUGUUUAGUCUUAAUCAUAAAAGGGCAUUUCUACCUAUUGAAACUGAAACACUUGUUUCUGUUUUGAAUUAAGUUUUAUAUUUUUUUAACCCUUUUUGUGUGAAGUUAAAAAGAAACAGAACUAUAAUAAACUGUUCACAGAGGCGCUGCUUGUCAACAGGCAGGCAACUGCUUGGUGCCCCAGGCCACUUAGGGGCCCCCGAGGGCUGACAAAUUUUAAACAACAGCAGUAACUCAAAAUGUGCAAAUUUAGCUAUGACAGUAGGAAACCCCCUAAAUGGGGCCCCAUCUGACAGCACUCACUCUCAUUGCCCUGCUUAGCAUAUCAUGUAUUACUCCUGUGAAAACCUAGUUUGUCAAUGAGAAUCACUUAAAGAGGUCAUAUUAUGCCCUUUUUGGGGUUCGUAUAUUUAAUCUAUGUAUCUACUAAAGUAUGUUCACAAUAGAUAAAGUUCUAAAAAAGUGUCUGUUUUCAUGAACUGCCACUCCAUGCACCGGCUCGCUUCUGACUCUCUCUCUAAGGCUCUGAAGUGCCCAUGUGUGCCAAGUCUGAUCUGAUUGGUCAGCCUGUCGGCUCUGCCGUAAUUGGUCAGUCACUCAGCACGGUUCUCGGAAAUGUCACGCCCCUUUUACCAUAUUGGGAAUGCAGCCACUUUAGCUCUGAAGGGAGCAAAAACAUUAGCACCUUAGCACUACUGUGCUACCGCAUAUCGUGGGCGUGCUACAGAAGUUAACGGGCGUGCAACAUGAACUGCAGGGCUUGCCACAACGAGCCAAUGGGCUUAGAUCAGUGAUAUCACACUGACAAUGACGUCACACUGGCAAAAACAUUCAGAGGGGGGCUAGAACCGAGCGUUACAUGCAGCUAAUGCUACAGCUAACAGGAGGACGUUUCCGCAGACUUUGAAUUUUUGCACAUAGAUGUGCCUAAACAUGCACAGGACACUGUGUGGAAAACACACUAAAGGGCAUAGAAAACCAGAAAAAGCAUAAUAUGACCCCUUUAAAGGAAAAUGAAGACAAGUCAUUGAGAAAAAAGAAAAAAGAGAAAAAAUAAAGAGGAAGAGUGUCACAACACUGCUGGAUAUAAUAGUGAUUGGAGGGGCCCCCAAUUAUGUUUUGCCUAUGGCCCAAACAGACUCUAGAUUCGCCACUGACUGUUCAUCAUAGUCACAGUAUAUGUUGUCUGUUGUGAAAAUGUGGAUUGUGCCUCAUUGUGACACUAACCAGUCUUUAUUUUGGUGAUGGUCUUAUUCUUUUUUUAAAAAUCCAAAUUCAUUAUCAUAUUCCUGACUCAGGGGUUUUCCCUUCAGUCUCAGCCAUGUUUUGUGUAUAGUAAUAAGAUGGCAAUGCUGUUAAAAGUCCAGAAGAAGUCAGCAAACACACGCACAUCUCAUAAUACAGUCAAAUUCCCAAAUGUGUUUUUCUUGUCACUCAUAAAGGUUUAAAUGUACUUAUGUCUACAAAAUUUAUGAAAUUCACUGUUUGAUCAGUCAGGUUGAUGUACCAAAGCUACGAUAGCUCAAUUAUAGCUCUAUAAAAGGCCAACAGUAUUAUGAAGUCUUCUGUCUUUAGUCUUAAUCAUAAAAGGGCAUUUCUAACUAUUGAAACUGAAACACUUGUUUCUGUUUUAAAUUAAGUUUUAUAUUUUUUUUAACCCUUUUUGUGUGAAGUUAAAAAAAAAAAAACUAUAAUAAACUGUUCAUCAUUGUCACAGUA